AUGCAAAUACUGAGUAUCAAAGGAGUUGGAGGAAGGAUGUAUGCAGGGUUGAAUGUCCAGGAAAGACCCCAACCAAAAGUUUGUGGAGAAGUGGCCUAUGAACACAGAUGCAUGUUGAAUUGUUGUUUGGCGUAUAAUGUUGGUCUCCCAGAAGCAAAAAUAUUUUCCGGUCCUUCAAGUGAACAGUUUGGUUAUGCAGUGCAGCAAUUUAUAAAUCCAAAAGGCAAUUGGUUACUAGUUGGCUCGCCUUGGAGCGGCUUUCCUGAGAACCGAAUGGGAGAUGUAUAUAAAUGUCCUCUGGAUCUAUCCACUACUACAUGUGAAAAACUGAAUUUGCAAACUUCAACAAGCAUUCCAAAUGUUACGGAGAUGAAAACCAACAUGAGCCUUGGCUUGACGCUCACAAGGAACGUGGGAACUGGAGGGUUUCUCACAUGUGGCCCCCUGUGGGCACAGCAGUGUGGAAAUCAGUAUUACACCACCGGCGUCUGCUCCGAUGUUAGUCCUGACUUUCAGCUCUUGGCCAGCUUUUCACCUGCAGUUCAGACCUGCCCUUCCCUCGUAGACGUUGUGGUUGUAUGUGAUGAAUCAAACAGUAUUUAUCCAUGGGAGGCUGUCAAGAAUUUUUUGGAAAAAUUUGUACAAGGCUUGGAUAUAGGCCCCACGAAAACACAGGUGGGAUUGAUUCAAUAUGCCAAUGAUCCAAGAGUUAUAUUUGAUUUGAACACUUUUAAAACCAAAGAUGAAAUGAUUUUAGCAACAUCCAAGACAGCCCAGCGUGGUGGAGACCUCACAAACACAUUCAAAGCAAUUCAAUUUGCAAGAGAUUUCGCUUAUUCACCAGCUUCUGGUGGACGACCAAGUGCUACCAAAGUAAUGGUAGUUGUCACCGAUGGUGAAUCACACGACGGCUCAAGACUGAAAGCUGUGAUUGAUCAGUGCAACAAUGACAAUAUCCUGAGGUUUGGCAUUGCAGUUCUUGGUUACUUAAACAGAAAUGCCCUUGAUACUAAAAAUUUAAUAAAGGAGAUCAAAGCAAUUGCCAGUAUUCCAACAGAAAGAUACUUUUUCAAUGUGUCUGAUGAAGCAGCUCUAUUAGAAAAGGCUGGGACGCUAGGAGAACAAAUUUUCAGCAUUGAAGGUACUGUGCAAGGAGGAGACAACUUCCAGAUGGAAAUGUCACAAGUUGGAUUCAGCGCAGACUACUCCCCUCAAAAUGAUAUUCUGAUGCUGGGUGCAGUGGGAGCAUUUGGCUGGAGUGGAACGGUUGUCCAGCAGACACCUCACAAUCACUGGAUCUUUCCUAAACAAGCCUUUGACCAAAUUCUGCAAGAUAAAAAUCACAGUUCAUACUUAGGUUACUCUGUGGCUGCAAUUACUACUGGAAAAAAUGUCUACUUUGUUGCUGGUGCUCCUCGGGCAAAUUAUACAGGCCAGAUAGUGCUAUACAGUGUUAACAAGAAUGGCAAUGUCACAGUUAUUCAGGCUCACAGAGGUGACCAGAUUGGAUCCUACUUUGGUAGUGUGCUGUGUUCGGUUGAUGUGGAUAAAGACACCAUUACCGAUGUGCUCUUGGUGGGCGCACCAAUGUACAUGAAUGACCUAAAGAAAGAGGAAGGAAGAGUCUACUUGUUUACUAUCAUAAAGGGUGUUUUGAAUCAGCACCAAUUUCUCGAGGGCCCUGAGGGCAUUGAAAAUGCUAGGUUUGGCUCAGCAAUUGCAGCACUUUCAGACAUCAACAUGGAUGGCUUUAAUGAUGUGAUUGUUGGCUCGCCAUUAGAAAAUCAGAACUCUGGAGCUGUGUACAUUUACAACGGUCACCAGGGCACAAUUCGCACCAAGUAUUCUCAGAAAAUCUUGGGAUCCAAUGGAGCCUUUAAGAGUCACCUCCAGUACUUCGGGAGAUCCUUGGAUGGCUAUGGAGAUUUAAAUGGGGAUUCCAUCACCGACGUGUCCAUUGGUGCCUUCGGACAAGUGGUCCAGCUCUGGUCACAGAGUAUUGCUGACGUAGCUGUGGAAGCGUCAUUCACACCAGAAAAAAUCACUUUGUUCAACAAGAAUGCUCAGAUAAUCCUCCAACUCUGCUUCAGUGCAAAGUUUAGACCUAUUAAGCAAAGCAAUCAAGUGGCCAUUGUGUAUAACAUCACACUUGAUGCAGAUGGAUUUUCAUCCAGGGUAACCUCCAGGGGGCUAUUUAAAGAAAAUAAUGAAAGGUACAUGAAAAAGACUACAGUAGUGACUCAAACCCAGCGGUGCACUGAUCACAUUAUUCACAUACAGGAGCCUUCUGAUGUUGUCAACCCUUUGGAUCUGCGUGUGGAUAUCAGUCUGGAGAAGCCUGGCACGAGCCCUGCCCUGGAAGCCUAUUCUGAGGCUGCCAAGGUCUUCAGUCUCCCCUUCUAUAAGGACUGUGGGGACGAUGGGCUUUGCAUCUCCGACCUCGUUCUAGCUGUGCAACAGCCAUCAGCUACUCAAGAAAAAACCUUUAUUGUCAGCAAUCAAAACAAAAGGUUAACAUUUUUAGUAACACUGAAAAACCAAAAAGAGAGUGCCUACAACACUAGAAUUGUUGUCGAGUUCUCAGAAAAUUUGUUUUUCGCUUCCUUCUCCAUGCCGGUUGAUGGGACCGAAGUAGCAUGCCAGGUUGCUUCAUCUCAGACGUCUGUGGCCUGUGGUGUAGGCUACCCUGCUUUAAAGCAAGAACAACAGGUGACUUUUACUAUUAACUUCGACUUCAAUCUUCAAAAUCUUCAGAAUCAGGCAUCUGUCAGUUUCCAAGCCUUAAGUGAAAGCCAAGAAGAAAACGAGGCAGAUAAUUUGGUCAACUUCAAAAUCCCUCUACUGUAUGAUGCUGAAAUUCACAUAACAAGAUCCACCAACAUAAACUUUUAUGAAGUCUCCUCGGAUGGAAAUGUUCCUUCUAUCGUGCACAAUUUUGAAGAUAUUGGUCCAAAAUUUAUCUUCUCCCUUAAGGUAACAACAGGGAGUGUCCCAAUAAGCAUGGCAUCUGUGAUCAUCCACAUCCCUCAGUACACCAAAGAAAAGAACCCUCUGAUGUACCUGACUGGGGUGCACACAGACCAGGCUGGUGACAUCAGUUGCAAUGCAGAUAUAAAUCCACUGAAAAUAGGACAAACACCUUCUUCUGUGUCUUUCAAGAGUGAAAAUUUCCGGCACAUAAAAGAAUUGAAUUGCAGAACAACUUCCUGUAGUAAUGUCACCUGCUGGCUUAGAGACCUUCACCUGAAAGGAGAAUACUUCAUUAAUGUGUCUACCAGAAUCUGGAACAGGACUUUCGCAUCAUCAAACUUCCAGACGGUACAGCUGACAGCAGCUGCAGAAAUAGACACCUAUAACCCUCAAAUAUAUGUGAUUGAAGAAAACAUAGUAACGAUUCCCCUUAUGAUCAUGAAACCUCAUGAGAAAGCAGAGGUCCCAACAGGAGUUAUAGUUGGAAGUAUCAUUGCUGGAAUCCUUCUGCUGUUAGCACUGGUUGCAAUUUUAUGGAAGCUUGGCUUCUUCAAAAGAAAAUAUGAGAAAAUGACCAAAAGUUCAGAAGAAAUUGAUGAGACCACAGAACUCAACAGCUGAGUGGCCCAGCGAAUGUCACCGCAGUGGCAGCCAGCAGCAGCCCAGCAGGGUCUGCUGUACGCCUGUAUGGAUUUCUUUUUAAAUCCUGGUUUUUUAGUAUCUACUGGGUCUAGCUUGAUAUUUUAUCUUAAGAGAAACUGCAGGUCGGUUUGGAAUUAAGAAAUUGGGGGGGGCUUGGGUAUAAAGAAUUAAAAUUUCUUUUAUACAGGGGGUGGGGGGGGAGGGAGAAUACUCUUUAAACUGGCUGGUCCAGAGUUUACAUUGUAAUGUGCAUUGUGUUCGAAACAUGAAGUGUUUCCAAGCUUGACAAGUUUUAAAGAAAAAUGUGACAUUUUUUCAGAUUUUGGGGAAAAAAUGCUUUCUUUGAAAUGAUUGUUUUUCAACAGCAACAAGAGUAGAAAUACUUGGUAUAAUAAAUAUAAUAUAUGUAGUAGACCCGAUAUAUAUAUAUAUAUAUAUAUAUGUAUGUGUGUGUGUGUGUGUGUAUAAGUUCAUGAAAAAUAGAAUUAAAUUAUGAGUUUAUUUUGGUGAAAAGUUUUUAAUUCUAUGCAGCUUCUUUUUCAUAAUUCACAUUUUCCACAAGCUUUUUGAGGACUAUGCACACACAAUGCCAGGUACUACCAUAUAUAGAUAUAUAUAACCAGAACAUACAGCAAUAUUAACAAGAGAGGAAAAAAGCAACAAGGGUCUUUUCUCAAUUUAUGCUGCUCAUCCAAAGUCGCCACAGAAGAUACUUUUAAGUGAUGAUUUUAUUUAUAAACUAGGUCAAAUUUGUGUUCCUUUUUGCCCAGGACAGCCUCUUCAGAGUCUCAUCUUGCUACAAUGGUCAAAACAUGUUGUAAUAACCUAUAGUUCUGCCUCCUACUGAGGAACUCUCCAUUUGCUUGGGGGAGUGGGGGCAAGGCACAAAAUAUUGCAUAAAAUUAUAGUAUGAUAACAUUUAAGAAAAAUCUGUGGAGGCCUAGCCUGUACCGGAGGAAGGAAAAGUAGGACAUUUCCUCUUUAAGUUUGCAUGGCCUUUCUAAAUACUUGAUUUUGGAUGGCAGAGAGCUAGUGAGGCAUAGAAAGCUAAGAGUUACGCUGUCCUUCCUUCUCCUUCCUGAACCACCCCCCACCUCCUGGUGCUCCGUGUUUUAGAAGCCCUCUGCAGCUUGCCCUUCCUUCCAGUAGGCCAGGGUUCUCUCUCCCAUCUUUACCCCUUACCCACAUCUCCCCCACAUCCUCAGGAUGGCUGCUCUAUAUCAGGUGUGAGGAAAAUAAGUUAUCCUCUUAAGUCCCACACUUGCAUGAAUUACUGUAUAAACGCCUUAACUUUGGGAAAUUAUUUUCGUGUAUUGCUAAACAAGUAAGAAAAAUAAACCUGGGUGAAUUGCUAAAUGCUGGAAUUUCAGGCAGCGUGAACAGGUGAAGUGAAACAUCUUAGGAAUUGGCAGGGAGUAUGGACAAGGCUUUGGAAACCGAAUUAGCAGAUGCACCUCUGUAUUUGUUUCCAGAGCACUUGGACUUCCAGAAGAGUGCAUUUUACUUGAGCAGGCUUGUUCCGAAGGCAGAUUCUUUGGCCACAACUCCUGAGAUUAUUUGGUCAGUUUGGGAUGAGACCCAAUAAUCCAUAGUGAUGAAUGAGGGCCACGCUGUGAGGAACACCAUCCAUUUCUGCUUUUAUGCUGCCUUUUUUAAAUUUCGGAGUUCACACAUUUCUAAGGAGAGACCUGGAGAAAAAUGACCAGGCAAGGACAAGGGGGACGAUUUUAUGUCAAACACUACACACCUAAAGCUCUGGACAAGUCCUCAAUCUCCAUGCUCUGCAGAGUUAUUAUAAAGUGGGAAGAUUGGGUCAGAGCUCAGCAAAGAAACACUUAGUUCAGAAGCCUGGGACCUGGAUUUCCUAUAAUACUGCACAAGUAGACAAUCCUCCAGGAACUCGACUUGGAAGAACUGCACUGGACUUGGAAGAACUGCUGGAGGAAAACAGGUGCAUGUGCAUACCAAUGGCCUAGCUCGGGAUUGGCAGUCCAGAGCUAUCCGGACUCUUUAAUGAUUAACUUUGUACUUGAAAAGGCAAAACAAACAAGAAAAAAAAUUAGCCAUAAAAUGUCAGGGGUUUAUAGCAAAAACAGCCUGGUAGUCUCUAGUUAGGGGUGCCAGCGCCCAAUCCUUUCAACAGUUGUGUGGAUUCGUUAUUUCAUUCCAAUCAAAAUUUUAUCUGAAAAGCAUGUUAAAACCAGUCAUUAGUUUGGUAAAGAAUACUUAAUAAACCAUGUAACUACUGUAUAUAUACAUACUGUGUGCUGUACAAACAAUUAUAGCAUGGCAUUUUUUCUAUGUGACUCCACUUCACCUUUCUGAGAUAAGAACUAAACUAAGCUCACCCAUGUAGGUGAUGGCUGGCGUGGCUUCGGUAAUCAGCCUUGAUUGCUGUUUCCACGGAGUAGAUGGAUGACGACAAACUAACCUAGCCAGCAGUCGUCUCUGCACCUUCCUUGUGCUGGGGCAGUUUCUCAGUCUUGGUGUCAUCGUCCUCUUGUCUUGGGCACAGUCGCUGCCUCAUGCCUUGCGGGAUUCCUAGCAGCCUCCAUGGCCUCUAGCUACAUGAUACCAGGUAGUAGCUUCCUCCUACAGUUGUGACAAUCAACCAAUGUCUCCGGACAUUGUCCAAUAUCAAAUAUUCCUGGAAGGAGUAUUUCUUAAGCACUUUUAAGCAAAGGUAGGUAUUCAUUUAAAAAAUUAAGGAAAAAGCAUGGUUAAAAGAAGGUAUUAUGUUUCUGUUCAGCCAUUCUUUUGCUUUAAAAGUCUUAAUAGAGUAUAAGGCUUAGAAGGUAUCCUGUUUAAAUUCCCACUUUAUGCAUGGAAAGUCUCUAGGAUGUGAUAAAAACUUGAAUUGCUUCAGGCAUGACUGCCAACAAGCUUUGUAGAAUAGUAACAUAAUAAAAUAGCUUGAUGAAGAAACUGCAUUGAGGUUUAAAAUUGUGCAUCGCUUGUUUUAGUAGCAAAAUGAGAACUAGCUGGACAGAAAUUCUAGCUAGCAGUGUGAUUCUUAUAAAAUAAUGAAAGUUAUCUAUUAAAUGUGAAGAGUAAAAAAAAAAAAAAAA